CAAAAAAAUCCCCCAAUUUGGCCUCUCGAUUUAGUUUUUUGAAACCCUAAGCUCUCGAUCUGUUCGAUUCGAAUCUCUCCGGCGUAGUUGAUUUCGUCGGCUGAAGCUCUGCUUGUAGUGAGUGUUACUGUUUAAUCGGCGAAAAUGUCGAUGUCGAAGAGUUCGAAGAUGCUUCAGUUCAUCAACUUCAGGAUGCGAGUGACGAUCCAAGACGGAAGACAGCUCGUUGGGAAGUUCAUGGCGUUCGACCGUCACAUGAACCUCGUUCUCGGCGAUUGCGAGGAGUUUCGCAAGCUUCCACCAGCGAAAGGGAAGAAGAUCAACGAAGAGCGAGAAGAUAGACGCACGCUUGGUUUGGUUUUGCUUAGAGGUGAAGAAGUGAUCUCAAUGACUGUUGAAGGACCACCUCCUCCUGAAGAAUCUCGCGCUAAAGCUGGCUCUGCUGCUGCUGUUGCUGGUCCAGGAAUCGGUCGUGCUGCUGGGCGUGGUGUACCAACUGGUCCGUUAGUUCAAGCUCAGCCUGGGCUAUCUGGUCCGGUUCGUGGUGUUGGUGGACCAGCUCCUGGAAUGAUGCAGCCUCAGAUCUCUCGUCCGCCUCAGAUUAUUCGACCUCCGGGACAGAUGUUGCCACCGCCUCCAAAUUUUGGUGGUCAAGGGCCUCCUAUGGGGAGAGGUCCUCCUCCUCCUUACGGUAUGAGGCCACCGCAACAGCAGUUUCCUGGACCACCUCCGCCUCAGUAUGGGCAAAGACCAAUGGGUCCUCCUGGUGGUAUGAUGAGAGGACCUCCUCCUCCUCCACCUCAUGGGAUGCAAGGACCGCCACCACCUCGCCCUGGAAUGGCUCCUCCUCCUGGUGGGUUUGCUCCACCGCGUCCUGGCAUGGCACCACCGCACAAUCAGCAGCAGUGAUUAGGUUUACAAUGUGGUGCUUUCAUGUUGCCUUUCAUAACUUUAGCCGCAAUCUCUGAUCUAUCUUAGCUUGCAAAGUUUGUAGAUUUGUUGAAGAGUGAGUGUUUUUGCCUUAUCUUCUUGUGUUUCAUUUCAUUAAACCUGGUUAUCAUCACCUUAUCUACGUAUGAAUAUCUUUUUUCAAUGUGAA